ACAGUGGGACCAGGCACGGUAGAGACGCCACCGGCCAGUUCCACCAAACAGCAAACACCAGGAAGGAACAGUUAACUUAAUCUAAACUUGGAAAACUGACUGUGUCUCCUGUUUAAACAAACCCAGUCACCAGAAUCUUUGAAUGAACUGUAUUAACACCAGGAGGAUGUACACCACCUCUACAUAGCCUCGCAUAAGGUCUACAUACAGAAGCUUCAAUGCACACACAGACCAAGUGAACACCAUUAGAAUGGCAGAAGGAGGCAGCAAGAGCGCUGAGAACGGCAGAACGGAAGGCGCGAGCGUGGAUUCUGACCGAGGCGUCGCUGCUAUUAAACCUCAGUUUUUAACUACAAAGGACGCCUUCCAUGCUUUUAUAGACAAAGGUGGUAAAGAUGCCGCAGAGGGAACGAUUGAUUCUGAACAGAGCAACAGCAAUGAUGAAAGCUGCUACGCCGCAGAGGAGCCUCAGGCAAAAAAGAUUAAAUUGGAUGAUUCGGGAAGAAAUGAAGAUCAGGAGGAGAAGGGUGAAGAAGAUAAGCAGGACAAGAAGAGGGCGAGAGGGCAGAACAAGAGCCGCCCUCAUGUGAAGUAUCACCAGCUGGAGCAGCAGCGGCUGUGCCCGUCUAUCGUCCAGGAAUGUGCCAGUAAAUGUUUCUUUGGUGACAAAUGUAAGUUUCUACACGAUGUUGAGAAAUACCUGACGGGGAAGCAAGAAGAUAUUGGACCCACAUGUUACCUCUACGAGACCCUCGGCAAAUGCAUCUACGGGAUCACCUGCCGAUUUGCCAAAUCGCACCUGGGUGCCGGCUAUAAGAAUGUUAUAAAUGAGGAGCGGGUGAAAGAACAAGAGGGUAAAGUGCUGGUGAGGAACAGUUUGGGCAAGGAGCUCCAGCUGCAGCUGAGGAAGAAGAAGUUUUUAUUUGAGAAAUCUGAAAGGUACCUGAAGCUGCUGAGCAAAUCCCAAAAAAACAGAAAUGAGAAAAGGAAGACUGGGGCCAAGGGUGAGACUGAAUGGGGCCGUCCGGGGGAGGCUACAACGGAAGGAGGUGACCUUGGUGCGGGUACAGACACUGCAAAGGGUCCUACAGAUGAAGUCCACGCUGUGCAGACGCCUCAGGAGACCCCCACGGAGGUCCCAAGGGUCACUAUCGGGGCUAUAACAGACGAAGAUAUUAUAAAACUCCGACCGUGUGAGAAGAAAACGAUUGAUUUCCGGAACAAAUUGUACCUCGCUCCGUUAACUACGUGUGGGAAUCUUCCAUAUAGAAGAAUAUGUAAGCGGUACGGAGCAGACAUCACGUGCGGAGAGAUGGCCAUGUGCACCAACCUCCUCCAGGGGCAGCCGUCAGAAUGGGCACUGAUGAAGAGACACCAUACCGAGGACCUGUUCGGUGUGCAGCUAGAGGGCGCCUUCCCUGACACAAUGACCAAAUGUGCCGAACUGCUCAACAAAAGCAUUGAGGUCGACUUUGUGGAUAUUAAUGUUGGUUGUCCUAUCGACUUGGUCUAUAGGAAGGGUGGAGGAUGUGGUUUAAUGACCAGAACAAACAAGUUUGAAGACAUUGUGAGAGGCAUGAACUCUGUUCUAGACGUGCCCCUCACUGUGAAGAUCAGGACUGGGGUCCAGGAAAAGGUCAACCUGGCCCAUAAACUCAUCCCAGAGCUUCGGGAUUGGGGGGUGUCCCUGGUUACACUACAUGGAAGAUCCCGGGAGCAGCGUUACACAAAAGUUGCCGACUGGGAGUAUAUUAAACAAUGCGCUAAAAUUGCGCAGCCCCUGCCCUUAUUUGGUAAUGGAGAUAUCUUCUCUUUUGAGGAUGCUAAUCGAGCGUUGGAGACCGGGGUUUCGGGGAUUAUGGUGGCCAGGGGGGCGCUGGUGAAACCCUGGCUGUUCACAGAGAUAAAAGAACAGCGGCACUGGGACAUAUCCUCUUCGGAACGCUUCGAUAUCCUCCGAGACUUUACCAACUAUGGAUUGGAGCACUGGGGCUCAGAUACGCAGGGGGUGGAAAGGACAAGGAAGUUCAUGCUGGAGUGGUUGUCCUUCCUGUGCAGGUACAUCCCCGUUGGUUUAUUGGAGCGCGUUCCUCAGAAGCUGAAUGAGAGACCUCCAUAUUAUUUGGGAAGAGACUACCUGGAGACGCUGAUGGCUAGUCAGAAUGUAUCCGACUGGAUAAAGAUCAGUGAAAUGUUGCUGGGUCCUGUUCCCCCGAACUUCACUUUUCUGCCAAAGCACAAAGCCAAUUCUUAUAGAUGAAGGUUUUAUUAAACUGUUUUGAACUAUUCUUUUUAAUAAACACUUAGAGCCGUG